GUGAAAGAGAGCCUUAUCUACCUCACAGGCCGUUUACUUUAGUUAGCGAAUUUCGCGAAAUUGCUCGCAGUUCUUCAACAGUUCUGAUGAGUGGAGGACCACACUUACAUACGUUACCUUCCCUUAAUUCGCAUGUGCAUUACUUGAAUUGGACUUAAUGGCGAGUCAAUGAUACUGCACACGGAGGUUAAACUUCUUCUUCUUACGGCAGGAAAGCCAUCUUCAAACUCAUCUCUCGUAACUGGGCUUGAUAAGAGUCUUUAAGUCUGAGUUAAUUCGCGUCUUAAUUGUGAAUUGGAUUGAAUCCGUUCAUCAACAAGAAGCACUGUGUAAUUGGGGUCGAUUGCUUAAAGAAAGUUUGUAAAGUUGUAAUAUUUUUUUAUUACAUAUUUGCACACAGAAAAGUUUCAAGUUUUUGGAAAAAGUGAGACAACGACGACGAAAUCAAAUACAGAUAAAAUGAAAUUGAAAUCGAAAUAACGAGAAUAAUUUCCGUCUUGUGGUGACGACGACGAGGAUUAAGCGUGUGGAACAAAGAGACGAGUUUUUUUCUGCAUGCAUAGGAUUUAUGUGUUAAUAAUGGAUUCGAAACUUUUUUAAUUACUUCAAAAAGUGACAUUUUUUAAGAGAGUAACGUAAUAAUAUUAAAUUAUUACGGUUUAAUAACACUUUAUUUAGUGAAGUGUGAAUUUUACUACGUUUUUUUCACAAUGGGAGUGAAAAGGAGGAAAAUUUUUGGGGAAACUAUCACUCGAAAUGAUGGAGGAGGUGGUGACGAUCAAAAAGCCGCAAGGAAAUUAAGACUUGUGAUAUCCCCGACGCGAAGAUAUGCCAACUUUUUACUCCUCUCCACCGCCGUAACGGUGUUCUUAUGCUUGUUCCCCGUCGCGCUAAGUCAGCCCCGACCACCCCCACCUCGUGGACCACACCCACCCCCGCCCAGCAGAGACGUCCCUCUCAGACUAACCCCGCACAAACUUCGACUUCAUGACACCCCCCGAUUCGCGAGAGAGUCUGCACCUCCCGGUAGUAAACGUGGUCCGUCCCCACCCAGAAACUUUAACCCGUUCCCCCGCCGAAAUUCGGACGGGCCGCGAGACCUCGCCACCGCUGCGCAAACGCUGUAUGACCUCCGUGGGUACAACAUUCCUCUAGGCGGACAGCAAGAAACGUCGCGCUUUCUCCGAGAGAACGAUCCCUUCACGUUCUCACGGUUUCAACCACGCACCAACGUGGACACACGCACCGCGCCGCUCGUCUUCCCAUCAUUCUAUCAACAACAACAGCAAGAAACGACUUCCAAAAGACCCCAGCAACAUCCCGUCCUCAACAUAUUUGGACAUUCGCAACACCUCUCGCAAACAAAGUAUGAACCUGCUGGGGGAAGUGCCAGCAGUACCGGAAAUGGGAACAAUAAUAUCAACAAUAAUAUCCUCCAAGGUCAACCGCAGACGUUCCGACCGUCCCAAAUCGACGUUGGUUUCUCCCGACAUCAACACGACAACGAUAUUCGGGACGAUUUGCAGACCAAUUACAGAGCCGCGUUGCAAUACGAGCAUCCCGAACCGAACCAGUUGCAAGGCCGGCAAGUCCCACAGGCACAAGCGCAGACGCAAAACUUUGGGCAAAAUCAUCAAUCCAAACAAAUUCUGAAUUACAGAGCGCCUGGAUUAGAGAGUCAGAACCAAGUUCAGAAUAAUAAUAAUCAGGACAAUAAUAAUCAGCAGAAUCAGCAGAAUAAUAACGGGGGCUCCAGUGAAGAACCCUUCAUCUACGUUUACGACGAUGAAGACUAUGACGAAGGGGAAGACGAAUUCGUGGACAAGCCCCAACAGCAAAUCAACACGAAUCGCGUCACCACACCGGCGCCACGAUCGCAGGUUAUAUUUCCAAAUAAUAAUCAGCAACAAUUGCCCAGUGCGAAACCUCUGAUUCAAACGACACCCACACCCACGCCCAUUUCUCACCACCACCACCAGCAACAACAGCCAGACUUGUACUCCUCCCAAGUUCACCAACCACAAAGUCAAAGACCUGACCCCUUCGCGCACUUUAACCAGUUUCCGCCCAAAUUCACGCCCACAAUCACGCCAACCCCGAACGUCGAGAUUGUCCCGAGUUCGGAGAGGAAGCCUCCGCCAGAUCAGAGCAACGCGGUCACACCAAUUACAAAAGCGACGAACCGAUUCGUUAACGAUGACCGUUUCCGGAGACCACAAACGACUACCAGUCAGAAUAAUUACCAACAACCGCAAAUCCAGCAGCAGUAUUUUACGCAGAAUAAUAACAACCAGCAAACCCAGAGGCAACCUGCGUUCAAUCAAGUUGUCAAUUUGGAGGAGGAAGAAGAACAAGUUUACGAGCAGGACCCUGAAAUUAUUCAGAAAUUGAAUGGAUUUCCGAAUUAUGAGGAACCCAGUCCGGAAAAUAAGUUGAGACCGGUGAACACACUUGUUCCCAAGAAUCGUGUUCCUCUCGAAGAGUUCGUGCUACCGCCGAACUUUCCGUUUCAUGAGGACAUUCCAGUGACGAGAGUCCCACUGCGGUCAACAACUGAGACGAGUAAUAAUAAUGAGGUUAAUAGUCAACAUUCGAAUCGGGGAGAUAUCACGCGACAAAAUUACAGACCUCCUCAACAGCAACAGCAACAACAAGAAGUGUCCCCAGCACCGCAACCACCUCAACAACACCGCCUUCGACCCACACCAUCUGCCAGCCCUCCUCCUCCUCCCCCACCAACAAGAACGCGACCCACACCCACGCGCACCACGACACCCACAGCGACGCAAGAUAUCGAUUCUGAUCCUCCGAAACGUGUCCGCAAUCGACCCCUUCGUCCCACCCCACCAGCAAAUAAGAUCCACACCUUCCCUCCAUUCCCCACCACGAGACGGCCAACAACCCCAACAACAACCACCACUACGACGACCUUCCGAACCACCGCCGUCCCCAGAACCACGACCACCACGACGACGACCGAAUCUUACGAGGCAGACUCGGACGAAUAUUAUGAAGACGAUUACAGCGAGGACUCUGCUGCUCCCAAUUCGUUCGAACGACCAGUUUCUAAACCCCAACAGGUCAAACCUACCGCAAACAAGUCCCCACUCCGCCCAGACUUCAAUAACAAUAAAAAUCGAAACCAGAUUCAAAUUCAGGAAUUGCACUCUCCGAAAAUAGAGGAACUUCCUCGCCCCGUUCCACAGCCGCCGCCACGACGCGUCGCCCGUCCUCAGCAACAAGUCACGUACUCCAGCACAACACCUGGCUCCAGAUAUCAGCAGUCCUCCCUCUCACCGACGGCAGGACCGAAUAAGCGAUUCAGAGAACAGUCCACCAUUGAAAGUCCGCCUGCUGCAUUCGUCAGCAAAAAGACGACGACAGGAAAGCCGUUGUACUACGCGGGGAAAAUGUUGUCGAAAGAGGGCGGUUUGUAUGCUGGACAGACCAUUCCGCUGCAUCACGUGUAUGGCAAACCCGUCCCCAAUGUCCCCAUCAACUCGGUGUUUGACAGGAUGCCGUCCGUUCUUGAUGGACAUGUCACGCGGGCCAGAGUGACGACGCAAGCAACGCCACAAGUCGUGAGUCCGUCGCAUGUUGGUCAACAACAUAACAGGAUCCGGGUGAGAGAUCGUGGUUUGGAGAGCGUCGUAUCCUCAUCGCCGAACAGUGCGAGGACAACGUCGACGACUACGCAUAAGAAUACGAGAUUGAUUCAUCCCUCGAGAAUCAGACCGAUUACGAGCCACCAGGCAGCACCACCACCCGCCCCACCCACGGAAAGGGAACCCGAACGUGAAGCAGUCCGGCCUCGACCGAAUAAACCUCGCCCACGCACAACCACAACGACGACAACCCCCACUCCUGAAAUAUUUGAGGAAAAGGAGGAGGAAAAUCUAUCCGUCCCAAUUAACCCACCCCCACCUCCGAGACGCCGGAAGCUCCGACCAGGUCAGAAAAAGCUGCGACAACAACUCCUCCAAAAGCAGGAACAAUCCGUCUCAAUUUCUCAUUCGAUUCGAGAAAAUGAAGACGAAAAUGAAGACGAAGUCGAUCGGCCAGAACCACCACGAAAAAAUCUGAGACCAAAUCUCCACCGGCCAGUUAGACCACAACCACAAUCAGUCACAUCUGCCCCCAUCGUGCAAGUGCUGCAAAGUCAGUCGGUCUCAUCGACAGAGUCAUCUUCUCCCUUUGCCACGGCCAAACAAGUCAGACCCAGACGACCACGACCCCAACAACAAGUCCAAGUUUUGCAAAGUACCAGCGAACGGAGCGAAGUUGAUCAGCAAGAUCAAGAAGAAGACGUCGUUCCACCACCACCACCGCCCCCACCACCACAACCACGACCUCAAAAACGGAUUCGACCCAGACCACAAAAAUUACAACCAAAAUUGCAAUCAGAAUUUUCCGAGGUCAUCUCAAAAUCUGUGAGCACUCAGGCCUCCUCAAAAGUCGGGAGAAAACCGACCGAAGCACCGAACAGAUUCAGCAGCAGGUUCCGGGAUGCCGAAUCUCCACCCAGCGUUUCGACCUCGACGUAUUCCUCCGUCUCAGAAUCGGACGAUGACGACGAGCCCCAAGAACAACAGUCUCCUCCACCCCCUGGACUUAAGCAUUUCUCUCCACCACCAAAAUCUAAGCCGAGACCUUCCUUUAAACCGCCCGUCAAGCCGGCGUCACGCCCAACGGCUGCCCCACUCCAAGGUCUCAAGCCUAACAAUAAACGGAUAAAACCUGUACAAAAACCGCAAUCACAGCCAAUCGGCGAGUCGGACGAUGACCUUCCUCCAUCCAUCCGCUUGAGUGCGAAGGACGUCGUCCUCAACCGCAAACCCGCCCGAAGGAUUCCACCCGGCUCUGCAUCAGACAGACUUAAAGCACUUGCCGAACGGAGAAAGAAAAUCGCAACGCCGCAAAGUUAUCGCGAAUCUUUGAAAGACGAGGAGGACGACGAGGAGAACAAUAAAGGACAGGAUGAGAACAAUAAUAAAGGACAUCGUACCUUACGAAGAAGAAAACUGUUGAACAAUGGAAAUGGGGCAAAUGUAAAUAGGAAUGAGGAAAAUGAGGAGGAAAUUUUACCCCCAAAAUUUAAGAAACCUUUGCAGCAACAACAGCAACGUCGUAUCGUCAAGAAACAACGAAUUGUUCGCCCUAAACCAGUAGUCGUUCAAGAAGCAGAAGACGAUGACGAAGAACAGGCUGAAAGUCGCCAAGAGAUCGAGCAUGACGUCGACGAUGAGGAAAAACAGCCCGAGUUCCAACAGCAGAACAAGAGAGAAAUAAAACACUCCUCGCCCCUGCAAAAGAACAGACCACAGAGUGAGGACGUAACCGACGACGAGGACAAAGAAUACGACGCCGCCCCGUUGAGAGAACAUCAACGACCCCGAAAACUUUCUCAACGUGCCUACGAGCGAGUCCCGGCGGAAGUCACGUCCGACGAGGCGAGAUCCGUCCUUGGGAUCGUCAUCAAUCAGAAGGAGGAGGACAAGCCUGCCCCACACCAACAAUAUGUCGACGAAGAUGACUACGAAGGACAUCCAAGUCAUCACUCGGAGCAAAAAAUAUCCACUGAACCUUCCUCAACUACACAAACAUCCAGUUCGACGGCGUCCUAUGACGAUGACGGUGACGAUGAAUACAGUGGCGACAAACAAGUCGCCAUCGUUUCAUCCUCAACCACGUCAACUUCAUCGUCCUCCUCCACCGAAGCACCAGAACCUUCGUCCACCACUUCCGCCUCGUCGUCUACGACAUCUUCACCCACUGAGGCAUCCACGACGGCGGCCUACCUGAAGGCACGACUCCGACCGAACAAAAAACUUUUGGCGUCACUUCAACCAAAACUGUCGUCGGCGCAACAACGCGACAAAAACGAGUCGACCAGAUCCACAAACCUUUCCAAACUUUUAAAAUUCCGAACUUCCGCUUCAACUUACAGCCCAAUUUCUAGUUUUAAUACAAAAAUCUUCACAAUGGCGACAGAAGACCCCAGCCUACCGUUGGAGGAUAUGUUUUCAAACGUUAACAAAUCUUAAGAAUAUAUUACGUUUAAAAUAAUCUUUAUUUGGGGUAAAAUGCAGAAUCUUUGUUUCUACAUGUUUAGAAAAUAACUUAUUUUUAUAUUUUGAUAAUAAGUAAGAAAAACUUUUUCCCAUGCACUUUAACUAAUCAUGAUGAUCGCCAUAAUAUUUCAUAUUUUGUAUACAUAUUUUUACGCAUAAAUAAUUAAGCACUUUUUGUUACUGUUUUUUAAUAUAAUUUUUUUUCUUCCGCACGAUACUUGCUACUGGAGUAACCUGCUUAUAUUUAGGUCAAGAUGAUGUUAAAAGUUAGCGAUUUAAGGCGACUGACAAAAAACGUACUUUAAUUAAGUCCAUAUUUUUUUUAGUUAUGAUGGUUUUUGUAGAUACGAUAUUUUAAUUAUUUGUAUGAAGUGGUGAAUGACUGAUUAAUACGUACAUACUUAUUAUUGGUUAAUUGACUUGUCGUGUGGUUAGCUAGUAAUUAAUUAUGUAAGUAGUUUAUUUAGUUAGUAAUGUAUGAAUUAUGGAUUAUAUGUAUUUAGUUUGUUACGUAUAAACUUGUAAAAUGCAAUGAUUUUAUAUCACGAAAUAAGUACGACGUAUUGGAAUGAAUGGAAUAAAUAAGUUUGCGUAAUGAUUUGGUAA